AUGCGCAGCCUGGAAGAUGCAGUCAGGGAGGCCUGGGUGGCCAUUCCAGAGCCCAGAAGAUUCCCCUCUCUGGAAACAACAACAAGACUGGAGGUUCCCAGAACAACAUCACUGAAGUCACUGGAGGAUCUGAACGAGAUGUACAGAGAGAUGGACUUUCCCGUUAUUGAGGAAAGAAUGCUUGGGGACCACAUCGCCCUGAUAGAUGUCCUGAACAACCUGAGCAUUGAAUACAGUAGAUAUGGACUAGUGAUCUCGUCAGAGCUGAACGAGCUGAGAAAGAGGCAGGAGGAGAUAUCGCUUUACGACGAGUAUGAAAAAGAGUGCGAUGUACUGGAAAUAGAGUUGGCAAACUCAAAGGAGAAGUAUGGGAAGAUGCAGGAGUACAGCCGGUACAAUGUCGAUGACCUGAAGUACAGGCUCGAUGAGCUUCGGAAGAUGUUCAACGACAUGGAAUACGAGAAGACGCAUCCUGGCCUCAUCAGCAAAAUCCUUGCAUUUCUAAAGGAGGACGGUCCCGCAGACGAGGAUGUCAUCAGCUCCUUCGGAUAUGUCAGGGAAAGCAGGGAGUACUCAAACAGUAUUGAGAAGAUACUUAUAGUCGACGAGCUUGGAAAUGCACCAGACUCAUGCAAUAAGAUUGUCUGCCAGCACCUUGUUCUGGAAGAAUCCAUCGAACUUGAUCACCUGGGGAGGCGACUUGGCAUGGACAGAGCUGCGCUUCUGAGAAUAGUUUAUGGAUUGCUGAGCAAAGGAAUAAUUGUGUUUGAUAGGUCGGGAGACAGAAUAUGCCUCCAGAGAUGA